GAUGUCACCAGAUGAAGAUAAAGAAAGUAAUUAUUAUUAAAAAUGAAAGGAUCAACAGGAUUUCAAUAUAUUGAUCGUGACCGGUUACUUUUAGCUGUUCAUAUUGCCAAGCGUGAUGUUAAGUCUUUAUCAUCUAAUGAUUAUGAAGAUAAUACAUCAAUUUAUGAAGCAUCUCAGAAUUAUAACGUGAAACCUGUUUCACCCUCAGUAGACAACCAAUCUGACCAAAGUUUAAUCAAGGUUAAUAGAAACUUACGUCGAAAAUGCAAACCAAUUUUAAGUACACCCAGAAUAUCAGCUUUAAAAGAUGAUUCUCCACGUAUAAUAUGUAAUUCUACAGCUGAUACUAUACAACAACGAACAUCUGAAAAUAAAAUGCCAGCACGUAGUGAUUCUCCACCAAUAAGAGAUACAGACAGCUGGACUCCAAGUCGUAGACGUGCUCUUCAUGAACCAACAGAAAGACAAUUAAAAAAUUCUCAAGAAUCUAGAAUACGUCAAUUACAAGCCAAAAUGUCUCAGUAUUCAGCUGCAUUGGAAGAACUUCAACAAUAUUAUUUAUCAGACAAAGCUUCACCUCGCGAAUCCAUAAAACACAGUGAAAUUGUGAAAAAACCUCCAGUGAAGCGGUCUAUAAAUAGACCGAAAUCAUCAUCAGUAUCAGGUUCAAUUAUACGUCCAAAACCAGUAAUUCUGCGUCCUCGUUCAGUUCACGCGUCUAAUACAAAAUAUCCAAGUAAAAUACAAAGAUCGACUUCAUUUAAUGGUAUAAAAUCAAAAGACGACCAUUAUUCAGUCUCUUCAAUUCCUAUUUCAUCAGAUGUUGACAAUCAUUAUGACUCUAAAAUUCAUUCUCUUUGGAAGGAAGCUGUUGAUUCGCUUAAUUUAAAUGGAUCUGAUGUUGUUCUCCUUCAACCGGAUAAAUCAGAAACAUUCAGGGAAGAGAAUUUACAGAGACCCGUAUACACAUCUGUCAAUAAUCAUCACAGUCGAAUUUCACCUAGCCAACCUGAUACCAAUACAAAAGAAUCAUAUUCUACUCAUGACAGCGUACUUUGUUCUGCUAUGAAACAAUUAUUAUUACAAAUUGAUGAAGCUGAAAUUGAAGAGAAUGAAAUACGUCGUCGAUGGGCUAAUAAAUUAACUCCUGUUAGUAAUGGUUCACAUUCAUUGACUAGUUACAAUCCUCCUCCACCUGUAAAAAUCCAAUCAACAUGUACAAAUCAUAAAUUGGAUACGUGUUCCACGUCACACGGCGAUUUUCAUUCACAACUGAAGUACAAACCGUUUACAUGCCCUAAUCCUUCCAAUGAAUCUAUUCAAUCAUCAUUUAGUAAAAAGGAUGCUCCUGAUUCAAAGACGGAAUCACUCAGUAUACCGGAGGAUAAUAAAUCAAGUGCUCUUUCACACCUUCCCUCACUUAUACUCCCAGUGAAGCUGCAUCGUCAUUUAUUACAAACGAAAACAAAACGUGAUUCACAAAUUAAAAAUAUGUGGUUCUAUCUAGGUCCAUCAACAACUUUUAACAAUCUACCAGAUAUUCCUGUUGCUCAUGUCUGUGAAGAACUGGCUAAAGAUUUAAUUCAAGAAGCCAUUGAUGAACUGUAUCAAACAAUUGAUCAUACAGCCUCAGAAUUAGUAGAUGAAUUAAUCAAAGCUGAACUUCUACCAGAAGCCCCGGAUACGAGUAUCUCAUUUGACAAUAGAUGUGAAGAUGAUCCACACUGUUUGUCUACACCUGCACUAUUUCGUCAAUCAGAUUUAAUAGUACAUGAAUUCGAAGCUCCUGUAUUAUCUAAGAAUUGUGGUGAAGAAAAUCAGAAUACUUCAAAUUCUACAUCGAUUAUACUAGAGCAUGAUUCUAAUUUAUCCGGUGAACAGUCAGUUGAUGAGUUGUCGAACUGUCAGAGUAUUAGAAAUGCUAGUGAAAUAGAAGAAGAGGUCAGCGAAAAAUAUACCUCAGAAUUUGAGCAAGAUACUGUCUCGUAAAUGUCUUCCUUCUAUUGUUAAUUAACGACAUUAUACACAUUUCCUUCUUUCUUUAUGUUAACAGUUUUGUAUUAAUAAAAAUUUAUACGAGCUGCUUUAACUACUUGUAAGUAGGCGUUUUCGUUUUGUGUAAGUUUCUCGGCUAAUUUGUCGAAACUCC